GGUUUUUUGCACCUGUAUGGAAAACAGCUUCAGCUGCUGUGUUUAUUGUUCCAGAAUGCAGUGAAGAGCGUUUGGGCAGCUGAAGGUCCUGAAAGACCUACAUUGGCUCCCAGUACGUUUCCGAGCACAAUUCAAAGUGUUGGUGUUGACCUUUAAAGCCCUAAACGGCCUAUCCUGUAUACCUGAAGGAGCGUCUCCACCCCCAUUGUUCUGCCCGGACACUGAGGUCCAGCGCCAAGGGCCUUCUGGCGGUUCCCUCACUGUGAGAAGCAAAGCUACAGGGAACCAGGCAGAGGGCCUUCUCGGUGGUGGCGCCCACCCUGUGGAACGCCCUCCCAUCAGAUGUCAAAGAGAUAAAUAACUACCUGACAUUUAGAAGACAUCUGAAGGCAGCCCUGUUCAGGGAAGUUUUUAAUGUGUAACAUUUUAAUGUAUUUUAAAUUUUUGUUGGAAACUGCCCAGAGUGGCUGGGGAAACACAGCCAGAUGGGCGGAGUACAAAUAAAUUAUUAUUAUUAUUAUUAUUAUUAUUAUUAUUAAGACAAAGCAUUCUCAUUUUGAUCUGGGAAAUGGCAUUGCUAAAACUUGCCUAUGCCAGACCCAAGGGGUUUCUAUCCAGUGAAGUCAUCUGGUUAGUGCAAGGACUUCCACUUGUGCAUCAGGACCUCCUCUCUUCUCACACCCCCAAAAUCUGUUAUGGGGUCCCCCCCACCUAUCUGGAGAAGAUUGGGGUUGCGGGAAGAAAGAUCUGCUGUAGAGGCAAAAGUCCUUGUGCUAACAGAACAACUUGGUUGGAUACAACUCAAGAAGUGUGUUGCUGAGGGAGUUAGAUAAUCAGCAGGGUCAGACCUUUACCCAAAUCAUUCUGGCAAAAAGAGAGAGGAAGAAGGGUUAUAGCCAGUGCUUUUUUUUCUGGGGGUACUCAAUGGUAUGCCGUACUGGCACCUCCCCCCCCCAAAUGUCUAAAGUGUUGCACUUAUUGUAACAAUUUCAUGGUAAGUAUCGGUGCCUUUUUUAUUUAUUUAAAAAAGCACUGGUUAUAGCUGCAUAAGCAACUAUCGUUGCUAUGGAUUUUCUCACCUACCCAUCCCCUUGAAUAGUAGACUUGCUUGCCAUAUCACAAAUAGUAUACUAAUCCUAUUCAACUGAAGUUUCUGAGUAGAUUUGACGUUGAGUGCAAAAGGUAGAUAUGUAAACACAUAUAGCUGCUGAUUUUAUACAGCUGAUGAUAUCGUUGUGGAAUUCAAGGAAUGUUUGUUUGGCCAUUUUGGGUAAUUAAUUUACUGGGCUUUUUAAAAUGCCACACAGACUCAUUUUCAUGCAAGUGUUAUCCAUUUCACUUUCUAGAUGACAGGAUGAAAUAUCUGGCUAGAUAGGUUUAGUAAGCCGGAUUUUACCUAAGAUACAGUAAUUCUCAAGAAAGAUGACACCUACCCUCUCAUUAAAAUUAGCAGCAUUUACAUAGAAAAAAUAUGGAAAUAAAGAGUAGUGACUUCUUGGUUGCAAGGACAACAUGGCACGACUUGCAGUGCCUAAGGUAAUCUAAGCAUUUUCAGGGAAAGGAAAUCCCUACUCCCUCCAUCUCAUCUUGGAAAUAAUAGAUGUUGGACUUAACUGCCUGCUGCACAAAUAAUUACAAAAUCAGUGGUUUGCCUGAAAAUAGGCUCCAAUACUCAAGGAAGAAGAAGAAGAAGAAGAAUCACUUCCACUGCUUGGUGCAUGGUGAAAAGUGGUUCCCACGCUAGCGGAGAUCAUUAGUGCAACUAAUUAAGGAUAAUUUGAGAGUAAUUAUCCUUACAAGCCCCCCCCCCCGAGUUGGGGGGUUGAGCUUUCACUCGCAGAUCGUCUGAUACCUGCCUCUCGUUCCGACGGAAUGUGGGAGGCAGGGAACACUGAGUGCAUAACACUGCACGUAUCGGAAACUCUCCCAACACAGCCACCAUGAGCGGAGGUUCUUCUGUUUCUUAGGAUGGAUUUGGAUUUGGAUCUACCGUAAGUAACAGGCAUGUUCUGGACUAAGGGACAAGAUAACCUGCUAAAUGAAUCAGCCACUGAGUGCCAAGGAUCUGGAGAGGAUUUUCAUCGUAACCUGAUUAGUAUGUCGGGGGAGGGGAGCCUUUACCCUUUAUUUAAGUACAUUAUAUUUGCUGUUUUAUGAUUUGGCAAGCCUCCCCCAAAGUAUUAAUUGUUAAUGGAUGGAAAAAUGCAAGAGGGAAUUAACGAGAACUUCAUAAUUUUUACGGAUUAAUUGUAAGAUUUGAACUGUAUGAAAACAUUGUAAUGAUUUGUAGCAUUGACCAGAAGGAAUGGUAAAGAGGACUUCGGUUCUGACUUAUCAUGGCUUCAGCGAGAUACCAGCUUGUUAACGGAUAGGAGAGGGAUCAAAGAAGAUAAUUCUGCCCAGGGCUAUGGUGAGAUGCCAGACUUCUCUCUGUGUUGGAUAAGUAAAAUGGUGUGUGAUGCGGUAAGAAUUGCAGUCCUUGACUGCAGAAGCGAAAGUGAAUUCUGAGGAUGAUGGAUUACAUCAGGAAGAGUAAAGAUGAAUGUAAAACAAACAUUUCACACAGAAAUUUACAGGAUAAAAACUUCCCCUGGCAAAAUUAAUGGAUAUGGAAUAGUUAAAUACGAAUGAAAGUCAUCAGAUCAGUAGCUGUUAAAAUAAAGGAUUAUGAUCGGAACUGUCGUAUUUGGACUAAGUAUUGGAGCAGGAUGAAAUAAGAAUACAGUAUCAUUUCUUUAAACCCAGAACACGGGAAGUUAUUCAAAAUUGUUUAAUUUGGAAUUGGAUAAUUGGCUCUUUUAAUUGUAUUAUAAUCUGGCAUUGUAUUAAUGUGGCUUUUUAAUAAUUAUUUUUUUUAAAGAAAGAAAGAAAAAGAAGUCCAUAAAAUGCCAUCGCCCCAUUGAUCCUUGCCACAAACACUUGCCACAAUAGGUAUGACUUACAUUUUGUAAUGUUUGGUGUUUUAUUGUGUUUUAGUAUUAUGUUAGGAGCUGCCCAGAGUGGCUGGGGAAACCCAGCCAGAUGGGCAGGGUAUAAAUAAUGAAUUACUACUACUACUACUUGUAUUUUGGAAAAGGUGGAAUACGCAGUUUGGUAUAAUUACGGUAGUGUAAGUGCUGAACGUCAGUGAAUUUUGUAAGGAAUCAUUCUUUUCUAGGAUGUGCUUUAUUACUAUCCUAUGUUUUGCUUCACAUUACUUCCAGAUUAAUUGGAGAGAGCUCAUAUAAAUUGAAGAUAUUCUCUGCUUUGAACAGCAGCAUUAUUGCCUGCUUACAAGUGGGUAAAUAACCCAGAGGGUCUCUGCCAAGGUUUCUUCCAUCUUAAACACUGAUCCUUUCACAUCUUUGAAAAUGGUUGGCAUUGGUAAUACUUACGAUGAGUGGUACUGGAUCUAGUCCAAUGUCGACUCCAUCAGGCAGCGGAAGAGGGACUGGGAAAUCAACAAACUUUACUCCUGAACUGCAAAGUAUGAUGUUUUCAUUAGGAGAUGCUCGCAGGCCCCUCCAGGAGUCAGCAGUAUUGGUGGAAGACAUUGUCCACACUCAGCUGAUUAAUUUGUUACAACAAGCCUCUGAAGUUUCUCAAAUGAGAGGAGCAAGAGUAAUCUCUGCAGAAGAUCUUAUUUUUUUGAUGCGCAAAGAUAAGAAAAAGCUUAGAAGGCUACUUAAAUAUAUGUUUUUCCGAGACUACAAAUCUAAAGUUGUCAAAGGCAUUGAAGAAGAUGAUCUUCUUGAAGACAGACUCAGUAGUAGCAGCAGCACCAAUAAACGUCAGAAAAUUGCUCAAGAUUUUCUUAUCUCCAUUGAUCAGACUGGAGAGCUGUUGGGCUUGUUGGAAGACGAUGAGAUUGAUGAUGUAAAACUAGAGAGAAUGGAGAGGGCAGAAAGACAAGCACGAAUGAUGGACUCUGCACAAUAUGCAGAAUUCUGUGAAAGUCGCCAACUAAGCUUUUCCAAGAAGGCUUCCAAGUUCCGGGACUGGCUGGACUGUAGUAGCAUGGAAAUAAAACCCAAUGCUGUUGCCAUGGAAAUUUUGGCUUAUUUAGCUUAUGAGACUGUCGCACAGCUGGUGGACCUGGCCCUUCUCGUCAAGCAGGACAUGACUCCCAAAGCUGGGGACCCUUUCAGCCAUGCAAUAUCUGCUACUUUCAUUCAGUAUCAUAGUUCAGCCGAGAUGCAUGUUUUGGGGCAAGCGACAAGUCUGAAGACCAGUCCAGACUCUCCUGAAAGCACCCCCCCACCAACGCCCACCCCUCCAACUGCAGGCCCACAGCACCUUGGGAAGACUCCAUCUGGAUCCAUGGGCAAUGGCAGCAUUGGGCAAGAUUCCUCAAAAGUCAAACAGCGAAAGAGGAAAAAAAGUUCUGCCGCUUGUGGUGCAGAGGCUCAGAGUGAUGCCAUCCAGCCUUCCCACAUCAGAGAGGCCAUUCGGCGCUAUGGCCACAAGAUUGGGCCCCUUUCCCCAUACACAAGCGCCUACCGCAGAAAUGGGAUGACUUUUCUUGCUUGCUAAUAUGGAUGUGGCUACAGCAACAGGAAAUGCCAUGUUAUAUGAAGGUGAUUCCCCCUCCCCGUAUGACACCCUUCGUGGAGGGGGGGGGGUAAAUAAAUAAAAGCUCCAGCAAGCAUGUGUCUACUGGUGAGUGGGCUGGUUUGUUGUGACUAUCAACUGACUGACUGUCUCUUUUUUCAGCCCCCGCCAAUUGUUACUCUUCUUUUCUAAAUGGAACAUUUAGGCAAUUAAUGGCAGGAUGUUUGGGUUAUUGUGUAAGUGGAUGAGAAUGCAGUAUCCCUUUUGUUAAUUUUAGUUCAUCACUAUAUAUCCUUUUACAUAGCAGGGCAAAAAGAAACCAGCAUAUGGUUUAUUUUUUUGUCCAUUAAAUGACAACUGAUCUUUUCUCUUUUCUUUCCUUCUUGCCAGGAAAAGUUUUUUAGGGGUGUCAGUUGAAGUAUUUUUGGGGGGAACCCCUAGUAAUUAAGCAUUCAGUGUCCAUUGAAAACUGGGAUGCUGUAGCAGUUAAGUCCAUGAGCUGUGAGCCAGGAAGUCCUUGCUGUGACAUUUAAGCUGAGCUAAGAACUCACCAAUCUCAGCUUCCAUCUGUGAUGGAAUAAUAAUACUGGUUUACCUUGUUUGUUUUUUGAAAAACAGUCAUUUCCAAACUGUGAGACAACUGCUAUUGCCAAACCACACACCCGCUAUGGAUGUCCUUAGGUGAAAGGAAUUACGGUGCAGCCCUGUAUCAGGUGUAAUUGAAGCAUUUAUUCCUGGUGCGGAAAUGCUGCCUAGUUUUCCACCAUCAGAGAAGGCAGCCCAUUGUGUCCCUAAGGUGAGGCUCCUUCCAUCAGGGCACACACUCAGAAUAGCGAGUCAUGCAUAGACACAGGGAGUGGACUCCACGGAAGGCAGAUAAUCACUCUGUCACACUUUUAGAACACAUUUUCCGUUGCAAGAGUGAAAUGUGCAUACAGUUUUAAUACAGAAUAAUAGAGGGGGGGGACUAAGCUUCUAUUCUUAGCGUCACUGCUAAGAAUAAGAUAACAGAAGCUCUUCAGACAGUUGAGGGAAAGCUUGUACAAACUAGUAGAAUGAUUUUAGUGAGUCUGUAUUCCAGUGGGGACUGCCUUCCUCUUCUCAUCAAGCUAUGGAAUGCAGAUUGCCCAUGGAACAUCUGGUGCUUCCCAUGCACAUUCCAUGUUAAAGAGCUAAAAAGGAUGUGCCAGUGACACUUUGGUGUGUGCCCUUUCUGCUUAAAAAUAUAUAUGUUUAGGGGUACUCUCAUUUUCCUACUCAUAUUGAAAUACUGCCCGUCAAUGAGGCCAAACUUAGAUUCACAAGAUGUUUAGGGGUAUGCGUACCCCUGCAUCCCCCCUGGAAAAAGCAGUGCCUAGGACUAUGGCAAGGGUCAAAUAGUAGGCUUUUCCAUUUGAGGUAAACAAGGCCAAGGCACAGUGACCUUCAAAAAUCAGUAUUAAGAUUUAAGGUUUCCUAAGGAAUGACAUUGCUGAAAGCAAUCAAUCUUACUAGGUUACAGGUAGGUAGCCGUGUUGGUCUGCCAUAGUUGAAACAAAAAAAAAGUGCAUGCACACUUCUUCAGAUACACUGAAACAGAAGUCACCAGACCCUUAUGUAUAGUCAGAGGGUGGGGAGGGGUAUUACUCAGAAGGGUGGUGGGAAUGGGUGAUUGACUGAUAGGUGUGGUAAACCUGUUGACGAUUGUUAACAACUGCAAUUGAUCUUACAGGAAAAAGCAAGGGGUGAGAUGGCUAAAAUGACCAUGUAUAAUGAGAUAAGAAUCCAAUGUCUCUAUUCAGACCAGGUCUCUCCAUGGUUUUAAGUUUGGUAAUAAGUUGCAAUUCAGCAACUUCUCUUUCCAGUCUAUUUCUGAAAUUCUUUUGUAAUAAGACAGCUACUUUGAGAUCUUGUAUCGAAUGUCCUGGGAGAUUGAAGUGUUCUCCUGCUGGUUUCUCUGUCUUGUGAUCUUACUAGGCUUACUUUGCCUCAAAUGUCCCAUUCGUGUUUUCAGUAUUUUUUUGAGUGAAAUGUAUUAAGCUCUAUGUAUAUUGAGCAGCAAGUGUGUUAGAGCAAACUAAAUGGAAUUCAUGAGUUCACUAUUUGUCUGUACAUUCAUACAGUAAAUCUGUGGUCUUCAUGAAGACUAUAGCAGUACAUAGUACAAAUUUUGGGGUGAGGUCUGAACAUGAAAACUGUUGUGGUUAUCAUUUUGGAUGGGAAGUGCAUUGAAUGUUUCACUUAAACUCUCCAAUAUCAACCCAUUGGCAAGUGUUGCUGCAGCAAACUUAAUCAAAGGACCAAGAAAGAUUGCAAACAGAGCACAUUCACAAUCAACUAACAGAAUGAUUUAUUAUAUAUACCAACCUUAUCACUGGACAGUUUUCAAAACUGGAUAUUCUUGUGAAUUGUUACGGUUGAUACAGUAUUCUACUGUACGAACUGGCAGAGUUGUAUUUUUUUUAAAAAAAUCCAUGUCAUUUUCCUGGAACUAAUCUGCAUGUUAAAGAACUAAAAAUAAUAUGUACAAUAAAGAAGAAGAAACAUUUCUGAUGUUCCGUCUAUGCUUGCUGAAAUGUAUGAUUAAACUUUUCUUUUUAUCAUGA